GUCUUUAUUGACUCCAAAUAAUCCAGCAUGUCUUCUAGCGGUUCGUUACUUUCCGCGGGGUCCGUUAUUUUGCUUAAUUUGUCCUUAAACGAGCUACAUAAAAAUACUUUACAGUUUCUUGUACUUGUUUAUGUGUGGAUGCGUGAGACGUUCCCAAUUCAGAGUGUAAUAAUGUCUUUAAAAGACACAGAGAAGAUCUUUCCCUCUUUCAUAGAAAGAUGGCAGUGAAUUUCUAAAGUAUGAGUGUAGAAGACUGUCCAUAUUGUGCAAAGCCUUUCAAGAGGCUGAAAACCCACCUCCCUCACUGUAAAAUGGCACCAGUUUCACAACCCAAGAAAAGCAUUCAAGCACCCAAAGAACCGAGUUCAACCACUUCCAGACAGAAGAUCCAUAUAAAAACAGCAACAACAGAAAUAAAUAAUGUCAUAUUUGAUGAAACCCUAACCUCCAAAGGAAGAAGGAAAGAAGAAGAUAUUCACAAUGCAGAUAGUCUUCUCACAACUACUGAGGUCAGAGUCCCAUCAGCUCAGACUAUGAGCACGGAGAGACCUAAAAGCAGAUGGCUUGCUAAAAGACAGAAGGAACUUGAGAGAUUACAGCUGUUAGUGCCAGUCUCAAAGAAGCCAAGCAACCCUACCUCUUUAUCGAACAAUAAAAUAGAUAAAAGCUUUUGUGAGAUCUCCAAAAGAACAUUUCAAAGUAAUGGAAAAAGUACUAAAGACAAAAAGAAACCAAAGAUGGCGCCAUUAUCAGCUCAGUUGUCCAUCACCAAGAGUAAAAUCGAUAUUGUUCCAGCCAUUCUGAAAACCGCUAGCCUCCCAUCUGAACAUGAAAAUCCAGAACUCAAAAUAAAAGUGAACUUCUUGGAGGAGCCUGAAAGACUGAACAAUCAGAACAAGGAUUUUGAUCUAGAAUCAAGGGCAAAAGAGCAUAAAGCUCAUGCUUUCUUUUCACCCAAGACUUCAGUGUGGGACCACAUCAAUGACAGUUUGUAUUACAAGAGGUCUUAUAAUCUGUUUGUGCCUUAUCCUAUUAUGGAAACUUCUAAAGAUCCUUCCAAAGAGAUUUCUGAUGUGCGACAAUCAAACAAACCUGAAACAGCAGUUACCAAGGUUGCUGUUCCACCUUCACCUACUUUAUCUGGAAAAGUCAUUCAUCAGCCUGCAGAAGAAAUCCUUAACUCAAGCCUGCAAGGUGUCAGAAGUCUGUCUUGGAGCCCAGAGACAGUGACUGCUUACAACAGAAUACAGUUCUCCACAGAACCUUUAGGCAGCUAUGCUAAUGAAAGUAUUUGGAUGAAGGAUCGAUCUGCUGAACCAGCGAACCAAAGUGAAGUGCCUGUAGUGCAGCGAAAACUUGGAGAUGUCAGACUGAAUGAACUUGGUGUCUGGCUUGGCGCUCGAGUUCCUCCGUCACCCAGAGAGAUUGUGACCAUGUCGAAGCAAGGAUGGCAGUGGUACUACAGGAAGUAUUUUGAUGUUCGGAGAGGAGGAAUCAGUGGGAUAUCCAUGCUGUUGACUGGAUACUGUGUCCUGUGUUACAUAUGGAAUUACCCACAUCUCAAGAAAGAACGCUGGAGGAAGUACCAUUAGGGACGUCUGGUGGUCUUCAUAAUUGUAGCACACUUUGGAGAAGCAGCAGGGCGAUGAGGGCGUAAUAAGCUUAAUAAUUAAUAUAGCAAGAUUAUAACACCAGCAACUUGUAGUUCACUACAAUAUUAGGUUUGCUUGUAUUUUUGUUAGAAUUAUUUUGAAUUAUCUGGGAGCAUGGUUAAUGGAGUUAUUUAACUUUAAUAUUUUUAAAUGUUCAUUUAUUUGCAGACAAAGAGAAUGUGUUAAGCUAAACUUGUAUUUGUAUAAUUUGAAAAAUGUUGUUAUUAUGUAAUUAAGCAGUGGAUUUAACUAAAAUUAUUAUAUAUU